UUUUUCUUCUUCUUCUUCUUCUUUUUCUUAGUUUCUUCUUUUUUUUUUAUUAUUAUUUUAUUUUUUGUCUUAUCUGUUAUAUAUUCUCUAUUAUCAACACCAAUUCAAUAUUAUUCAUUAGUGUUCGCCCAUUCAACGUUUCGACAAGACAAUGAGUAACAACAACAACAAUAAUAACCAUUGGCAUCAUAGUAGUCCUUUGGAAGAUGACCAUCUUGAAUAUGUAGAUACAUUCUCUCAAAGUUUUUUAUCACCCAUGUCUACCACUUUACAAGAUAUGGAUGAUAUGGAUUAUCAACCUUCUACAGGAAAAAAGAAAUUAAUUCAUGCACUACCAAUGUUUGAAGAUUCACCAUCAGAUUAUUCUAUGACUUCUUUGGGUGAUACUAGCCUUUAUGACGAUUUUGGUACUUCGCCUCAUAGUGGCUCAGGAUUUGUUGGACCCAUGGAUAUUCAUCAUCAUCCACAACAACGACAUUCUAUGUUAGCAGCUGGAAGUAAACAAUAUAAAUUUCUUAUGAAUGAAAGAAAUAAAUUACAACCAUCCACUUUUCAACAACAACAACAACAACAACAGCAACAGCAACAACAACAACAAUAUCAUCCAUCUGGUCUUUCCAUUCAACCUGGUUAUCCUUCAUCUUCUUCUUCAUCCUCUUUAGUCUCUACUAAUCCUAAUGGUAUUACUUCUGGUUUUCCAAUGUCGGCUCCUGCAAAUAUUGGUUAUGAUUUCCAUCUCAACUCUCGAUCUUCUAUAGGUUCUCCUUCCGUUGGUGCUGCCGUAGCUACUGGUUCAACAGAAACACAUCUAUCUAUGAAUAUACCUCCGCAAAAUCAUCAUCCUCAACAAUUAACCGAUUUACCUCAAAAUUUAGAAGAUGAUUAUGCCAUGCAAGUCAAUUUACAAGCCAUGAUGGAAAAACGAAGACGCCGAAGAGAAUCACACAAUGCAGUGGAACGAAGACGACGAGAAAACAUUAAUGAACGUAUUCACGAAUUGGGUUGUUUAUUACCUGAAUCCAUGUUAGAAGAAAUUACCAAUCCAGGAAAUAAUGGCAAUCAAUCUCCUUCUAUGAGUGGAAACAAUACUGGAAAUAUGACGAAACCAAAUAAAGGCGCUAUUCUAAGGAAAUCUGUGGACCAUAUUCGACUUUUACAACAAGAAGUCGUCACUUAUCAACAACGUGUCAGAGAAUUGGAAUCCAUUUUGGAGCAAUACAAUGUCGCUAAGCAUGAAGAAUGAUUUUUUCUUUCUCUCUCUCUCUCUCUGUCUCUGUCCUUUAGUGGUAUCUUUCUACUCUUUUCUUGUAUGUAUGUAUGUAUGUAUUCAUUCCCUUUACCACUUUUUUUUUAUUCCCCUCUCUUUUAUAUAUUACCCCUAUAUAUAUUUAUUUUAGUAGUUAUUUUGUGUUUUAUAUGAAUCCAAAUGUACAAGUUGUAUAUGUAUCCUCCCCUUUCUGUGUGUCCAUAAUGUUAAGAUCAAUA